UAAGUUGUUUGCGUGAAGAAUGUUUUUGUAUCACAAAAAUGUAUUUACUGUUACAUUAAAAUUUAUUUAUCAAUCAAAAUAGACUCUAAUUUAAGUGUGUUUUGUGCUAGCGUAUAGCCUUAUUGAUGAAACGUUAAACUAUUCAGUGAACUUUUAUGUAAAAUCAAGUGAAAUGGAUCCCUCAAAAAUCACAAGUAAAUCUAGCUCUCUGAAGGCUCUAAUUUUAAAAGCGUGGCGUGAAAGAUGGACCGAUAUACAAUGGGGUAUCAACAUCAAGACUAUUCUACCAAGAGGCGUGAGUGGAGAUUUGUAUAACCUAGCUGAUUGUAUACUGCAACAAGCUAUGGUGGGGUGCGGAGCCAACCAGCUAGUAAUUUCUUAUUUAAAACACUCCCUGGCAUCGCAUUUAGUGUCCUACGCAGCAGUUUUGCAGAGAAUAGCGAAAUUCGACGCUUUUCACAAACCCCACUGUAUACUUAGCCUACUGGAGUUCCUCGAAAGUUUUCUGGACAGCAUAACCUGUCGUAGCAAAAUGGAAGAAGAAAUACUCGCUUUUGCAGUCUCAUCAAUAAUCCUGUGGUUGCUCCAAGUGUAUCAUUACUCUCUAAGCAAAUAUCCAGCAACAAAUCCAAUACAGAGUCAGGAGCUCUUAGAAAAGUCUACUUCUCUUCUUAAUUCGAUAGUUAGCUCGGAUUUCCUAUUAGCUAUGUUCUAUUUAGCUAAACAACAUGAUCCCGAUGAGUAUAAUGAGGUCACAAAGAAAUGUCAGGAGAUCACAGCAUUUAUGAUGAUGAAUACACAGUUUAAAGCACCAGUAACUAUACAUGAUACGUUGCAAAAGAUUUGUAGUAUGGAUAUUGAUAAAAUAGCUCCUUUAAAUAAUAAGCCAGAAACUGUAACUCAUUGCUUACAAGCAAUUAUAGCUGUGACUGUGUUAGCCAACCCUAGUGCCGAUAUGCAGCAACUUUCAAGCCAAUUGAUAAUGUUACAGAGGGUUAAAAGUUACCCAUUAUCUAGACUCUACAGUGAAGUUAUCAGAGGUUGUUUUAUAUGUUUAAAUGAUGCUAGUAAAGAUGCAUCCAAACAGGCAUUAUGGGCUGCAUUCACAUUUCUUAAGCUACCUCAGCUCAUUACCUACAUUCACAAUAUGUGUGGUACGGUUAAUAAAGAUGGGGAAUACUCGGUGGAAGUUGUUGAAGCUUUUGAAAAACUCCUACAGUCAACUCCUUUGCUAGAUGUUGUUGAUGCAAAAAAUUCUUGCAAUAGUGUUGUAUCUCUUGUAGAACCACUAGUUAAGUUAAAUGUUGUGUCCGAAAGUCACUUGUCUUACUUCAAGCAGAAAAGGGAAAGUAAGGAUGUUAAAUUGCAAAAAUUAGAGCCUUCAGGCUUACAAGGCUCUGUUCCGUCAUUCAUAACCCGUGCAGAACCUACCUUAGCAGGUAUUCUCAAGACCAUGGGUGGUGACUCUCAUAAAACACAGGAAUCUUUGUAUGCAAUGCUUUGUCAAAUUGUUGGUGGUACAACAUUAGAUACCAUCUUAGCUGUAGCAACAGUUGAAGGAAAGUUAAAACUUUUUGUAUCAAGAUUAAUAAAGUUCAAUGAAUUUGCUCUUUUAGCUGCAAGUGAAAAGGGUGCAUCUCAGUCAAAAGUGUACAUAUUUGAUAUUUCCUUUUUAAUACUAUGCUCCAUUGUACAAGAUUAUGGUGCUGAAGCUGUUUUAGAUGAAAACGGUGAUUCCUUUUUUGAACAGUGGGUAAGAGAAUGUAUGGCCCAUAAAGGUGCACACAAAUCCCCAGAUCAAAUAUUGCAGAAAUGUGAUUUGCAACUGGUUGAUAUCUUUAUUCAUCACCUUAGUGCACCCGAUUUUGAUUUUAAGAAUACUAAUUUGAAACCGCAUGACUUGUGUGUGAAUGUCAGUGGAGUUGUAAAAGAGAUCUUAUUUGCAUGGGAACAAGGUUCAAUUACUGCUGCUGAUGUCAAGCGCAUGUUGGACUCUCUGAGACAAAAGAUGGCUUCAUUAGCUGUGUGCGCUUCAGUAUGGCUGUGUUCCUACAUUAACGUUGUACAUCAGGAUGCAUUUUUAAAACCACUGAAUAUGGUUCAGCAAUUUUUGACACCACCAACUGAUGUUGAAAUGGCACAAAUAGAUAAUUUUAAAGAGAGAGCUGUUUUAAUGUGUCAGAUAAUACGGAAAAUGCAGUUUGAUAUACAGCCACCGUCAAUACCAAAAUGUAAAAUUAUGCCUUUCUCCCAUAGUAUCAUAUCCAGGCAACCGAUAUUAGAACAGUUGCAAACUGUGUGGGAAGACAUUAAAACUAGAGGAUACUUACACAUUGAUGCUACAGCUAUUGUCGAGAGCCUCCUCAAUACUGCAGGUCCAGUUUGGUUUGUGACUAAUUUACUAAAAGAAACUCUCAAGUUCCGCUAUCAGGAUGAUUUAGAUAGAUCUGUCGAUAUUGUCUUGGCAAUGUUCUAUUUUGACAUAGAAAAGUGCACCGAAGCUUUAUUACUACAUGUACUCCCACAGUAUCUAUAUAAUGCUAAGUUAUGCGAGGAGUUAGUGGAACCCCAGUCAGCUGUUUUGGCUAAACUUACAGUAUAUUCUGUAUAUGCAGCUCUUGAGAAUUGCAUAUCAAAUAGAGUUCAUACAUCAAGAAAACGUCGGCAUGACGAUUCUGAAGAUAUAGAAAUGAGUGCUUCCAGUAAAUUAAGGAGACUCAAUGAUAAUUCAUCGGAUUCAUCUUUGUAUUACGCUCAAGGUCAAAGCUCUAGUAUAAUUAUAAAGGAACCUCUUAAUUCAGCUUUGGAGAUGCUAUACAAAUCAUUUUCACAGUUAGCAGGAAAAAAUGGUGAGGUUACACCACAGACUCAAUUUAUAUUUGAAUUCCUUGUGUAUGUUGUUCAGUGCGGACAAGAAAGAGGGCAAGUUGUGCUACAGAAAAUGCCCAGUGAAAUUGUAUCCACAUUAAUUAAAGCACUCCCUGAUAAUUUUAAUAUUGGACUUAUUUUAAGAUUGUACGAUUUGUCGUCACCAUAUGGUAGGAAGGAUACAGCUAGAGAUCUCUGUUUGUUAAGAAAUAUGCGCCUUAGGCCUGAAUAAAUGAAUGUAAAAUUAUAA